AUGACGAUCAGGAACACUCUGCGGGACUACGGGCAGAGGUACCGACCGCGGAUGGCUUGUCUCAAGAAGGCUGAGAAGGUGCUGCUGGAGAUGCAGGACCCCAAAUCAGGAGUCAAGUCCCAGCUGCAGAGGCUGGUUAUCACCACGAUACCCCACGCCAUUACUGGUGAAGACAUCAUCUCCUGGUUGGCAGACAGAUUCCAAAUAGAUACACAAGAGGCGAGGAGUGUCGGCUCCAUGCUGGUGGCGUUGGGAUACAUCUACCCUCUGCAGGACCACAAACGCCUGGUGAUCAAACCAGACGCGUCGCUCUACCGCUGCCAGACGCCGUACUUCUGGCCCACGCAGCAGUGGCCUGUGGAGGACACGGAUUACGCAAUCUACCUGGCGAAGAGAAACAUACGUAAGAAAGGAAUCCUGGAGCUGCACGAGCAGGAGCAGUACAACCGUCUGCACAAGUGGAUGAAUCACAAGUGGGAUUUCAUAGUGAUGCAGGCUAAGGAACAGUACAGGGCUGCUAAGGAGAGGAAGAAACCCGACCGUGUGGUUUUUGAAUGCCAGGAGAGAGCGUACUGGGUGGUUCAUCGACCUCCGCCGGGGACGGUCAGUGCCAUGGACUACGGACUGGACAGACGAAUAGACCCGAAUGCAGACGAGGCAACAACACCCGACUUCUAUGAGAGAAUCAUGAUCUUCACCCAGCAGGCCAUCAUGAGGCCCAGAGUCAAGUCGUCCGUGUCCAUCGGAGCGUUGGUGAAACACUGCGCCACCUACAAAAGCCACGACCCCUUCCUCUCCUCGUGUCUUCCCAGUAACCCCUGGCUCACCGACGACGUCACCUACUGGAACCUGAACAUGCCCAACGUGGAGAUCCCGACUAAAAUGCGCGUGGAGAGGUGGACGUUCAGCUUCGGAGAUCUGCUCUCAGACCCGAGGGGCCGGGACGACUUCAGACUCUUCCUGAGGAAAGAAUUCAGCGGUGAGAACUUGGCAUUCUGGGAAGGCUGCGAGGAUCUGAAGUGGGGCGCAGCUGCGACGAUGAGAGAGAAAGCAGAACAGAUCUACAAGGCCUUCCUGGCUCGUGGUGCCCCGCGGUGGAUCAACAUCGACGGGAAGACGAUGGAGAUCACAGUCAAGGGCCUGAAGCACCCGCACAGAUACGUCCUGGAUCCGGCCCAAACUCACAUCUACAUGCUCAUGAAGAAGGACUCGUUCGGGCGCUACAUGAAGUCUCCGGUCUUUAAAGACACGCUGAAGAAGGCCAUCUGUCCUGAGGAGCACAAGUUCACUGACACUCAGCUGGAGCAGAAUGCGAAGAACAGACGACCGAGCCUCAGCCCCAUCGUCCUCCGGCAGCAGGACCAGGAGAUGAGGGCCAAGAUGGCGGCCAACGCCCCCGUGGACAUCACACAGGUCAUGAGCAAACUCAGCCAGCAGGGGAAGGAGGCGCCUCCUUGUCCUGCUCCUGCUAAGACCUGAACACAAACAUCGAUCAAAUCUACAUGUUGAUGGCAUUUAGCUUUAGUGUGAAGAGUUGGCCUGAGACUUUAAACACGUGGGAACUCACCUCCAUGUACGAGUCAGACCAUCGGUCACAUGUCUGUCCCCUCACACUGUAACUGUCUGUCAUGUUGUUUCUCAUGAUUCAUGUGUUGUUCAUAUAUCUAAUUCUCUGUAGUGUCUGUAAUACUCUGUGUUUUUCUUUAUCCUUCAUAAACUAAUAAAACAUCCUCAUCCACAA